AUGGACCAGGAGGACAUCCAUCGACGAGCCAACUUCCCAAGGAAACUAGAGAUUUCCUAUCAGCAACGGAAAGACCGAGAAGACCUAUGCUCAGAACAGGAACACUUCAGCCAAGACCUGGAGCUGUUUGGGAUUGCAGCCAAGACCUGGGAUGCCUCUUUCGACUUGCUGGACUAUCUCCUCGUCCCAAACAACCUCCGAGAAUACCAGCCUGCAUGCCCACUACUCCCAAGCACUCGGUCCCACUCUGAAAACAAAAUCCAUAUCAUCGAUCUCGGAUCAGGCACUUGUUAUCUUCCCAUCGGAUUGGCCACCCGACUCGAUCCCGAGCAGGCCGAGUCCAUCAAGAUCACAGUCACCGACUUACCAGCCGUCUUGCCGUUACUCGAGAGGAACAUCCAAACGGCCACAGAAAAGCUUGAGAUCUCGGCAAGAACUUUGAGCUGGGGCGACACUGACCAGACGAUCGACUUGCUCAAGAGUACAACAUCCAAUCAGCCAACCGAUCUGCUGAUCACUUGCUCAGACCUGGUCUUCUUCCCUUUCCUUUUCGCCCCCCUCAUUCGAACACUCCUCAUCCUCACCUCCCCACAUUAUCUCCCCUCGAAUUAUUCAUCUACUCCGGUCAUCUUGUUUGGCUAUAAGGAGCGCUCGGCCGUCAAAGAAUUCCCGUUCUUCUCUCUACUCGGGAGGUACUUCAAACUCGAACCUAUCAUCUCAAGGUCCGACCCAACAGGCCCAUGGGAACUACUCAGGAAUCAUCGGGAUAAAGAGGAUGAAGAUGAUGGGAGUAAGGUUUAUCUGAUCCGAGCCACCCGGCAUCCCUCAACGAUAGACUUGGAUCUCCAAUCCACUAUCCUGAACAACAACCAUGAUAGUAAUGGUGAUCAUCAUCAUCCAGAACAAUUAUUGGAUCCAUUGUUUCUUCAUGGGGAUGGAUCGGCUACUGAUCAAUGGGAAUGGAUCUUGCUCUCUAAUUUAACCGAUCACUCCAUCUUCUAA